GAUAAUUAACUUAUCAUGUCUUUCAGACUUAAUGGCAUAGUGGAAUGUGGUGAGCGGCACGACCACAUAUAUAGAAGAACUAUGCUCUUGGCUGAACAAGUUAAAGUUAGUCAAGGAAGUCCUAUUGUUACUUGUCUUCUUGAAGGCCCAAGUGGCAGUGGUAAGACUGCAAUGGCAGCAACUGUCGGUAUUGAAAGCGAUUUUCCAUAUGUCAAGAUUAUAUCUGCUGAAUCAAUGAUUGGGCUUAGUGAAGGAAGUAAAUGUGCUCAGAUUGUCAAGGUUUUCGAGGAUGCUUAUAAGUCACCACUAAGCAUAAUUAUCCUUGAUGAUAUUGAAAGACUAUUGGAUUAUGUUGCCAUUGGACCACGAUUUUCGAAUCUGAUUUCUCAGACAUUGUUGGUGCUCAUGAAACGGCUCCCUCCAAAGGGGAAAAAAAUCCUUGUGAUUGGAACUACGAGUGAGGUCAAUUUCUUAGAUUCAGUUGGCAUUCGAGAUGCAUUUUCUGUCACGUUCCAUGUUCCAACAUUAAAAACAGAAGAUACCAAAAAGGUGUUACAGCAACUUAAUGUUUUCUCAAGUGAUGAUAUGGAUUCCGCUGCUGAGGCAUUAAAUGAUAUGCCUAUCAAGAAGCUUUACAUGGUUGUUGAAAUGGCUGCUCAAGGGGAAGAUGGUGGAGCAGCAGAAGCCAUAUAUUCUGGCAAACAAAAGAUCCAAAUUUCACAUUUUUACGAUUGCCUCCAAGACGUUGUGGGGUAUUAGUGAGGAAUCAGUUUUGUAGCAUUGUUGCUUUAUACAUUUUUCAUCUCAUCUAACUAUGAUGAUCUUAGAUCAGACCUAGUUAUGGUUUUUAGGAAUGAGUUGGUGUCAUUCAAGAAAUCAGUUUUGUUAAUCUUAUAUUCCUAUUUUUUGGGUUUAAAUUUUUGUCUGAAUUUCGUGUCUCUAGUCAUCUGAUUGACUGGUUAUACUAUAUUUUGUGGUUUGAUUUAGUGUUCGAUUCUUGUGACCGGA